AUUCCAGUCAGUCCGACACUGAUCAUUACAAACUGCGCGGCUAAUUAUCAGCGGGAAAAGUAGGGCAGUACUUGUGCUGCCAGUCCCCGACACCAUAAUCACUGUGUUACGUAUUACUGAUAUUACUGAACAUGUCGGGCCAGCAAUGAAAGAAUGUAGGAGGGAAGUGGAAGUGCAGCGCGUUGCAUGGCGUACUGACUGAGCAGCGUGGAUGUAAUCACCUGCAGGCGCUGAGCAGAGGAAAGCCCACAUGGGAAGCAGGAAGUGCUCGGGCUUCCUGGAUCAUGACCCGCAGUGCUCCCAUAGAUACUGCAUUACAAGCCGUCACGUGCUCUGGAGAGAAUGGCAACUUGCUGUGAAUAGGGGAGGGGACUAAGGGGACUGGGAGAACCGUGAGAGCUUUGCGGAGCACAAGGAGAUGGAGUGAGAAGGGAACGUACUGCACCAGCCACUCACUAGGAGCCGUCCUAAUAGUGAGAGGAGCCUGGCGAAUGUGAUCUCUUUAUUCCAGGGACAAGAAAGGUUACGCUGGUUUUACGGAAAUCUAGAUUGUGUUCUAAACCUAAUAACAGAUCUGAGGAUUUAGAAUGCUGCUUAUCUAAAGCAAAUAUGGCCUCAGCUGGUAAAGUCUGCCAUCACACCAUGGUGGCAGGCAAUUCAAGUCCGGGAGAAUUGUCCCUGGAGCCCUUAAUACUAUGCAAACUGUGUCUUUGUGAACAUCCCAUUGAUAAGAUGACCUCCCUACAGGCAUGCAGUUGUAUUUUUUGCACAUCGUGCCUCAAACAGUAUACACAGUUUACAAUCCGGGAAGGCUUUGGAUCGCCAAUCACAUGUCCAGGCACGGCAUGCACAAACCAGGGUAUCCUUCAGGAAGCAGAGAUCUCUGCUUUGGUACCUGUUGAACAGCUGCAGUUUUAUCAGAGGUUAAAACUUGAGAGAGAGGUACAUUUGGACCCCUGCAAGACAUGGUGCCCUACUGUCGACUGCCAUACUGUAUGCCAAUUGGAAACUGGUGACUCUGCUCUGCCUGUACCAGUGGACUGUUCUGCUUGCCUUAUUAAAUUUUGUUCUGUUUGCAAAAACAUCUGGCAUCCUGGACAAUCAUGCCAAGGAAAUCAGCCCAUCGUUCCUCCCGAGAAAGGAAUCCUUCUUACUAUGGAUGUAGAUGCUUGUAUCAAGCAGUGUCCCGUGUGCCGGAUUUAUAUAGAGAGAAAUGAAGGAUGUGCACAAAUGAUGUGCAAGAACUGCAGGCAUACCUUUUGCUGGUACUGCUUGCAAAACCUUGAUAAUGAUAUAUUUCUUCGCCAUUACGACAAAGGACCAUGCAGAAAUAAACUGGGACAUUCAAGAGCUUCUGUGAUGUGGAACAGAACACAGGUUGUGGGGAUCCUUGUGGGUUUGGGGAUCCUUGCAGUUGUUACUUCACCAUUGCUGCUGCUGGCAUCACCUUGCAUUAUCUGCUGUGUGUGUAAAUCCUGUAGAGGCAAGAAGAAAAAAAGUGUCCCACCACCCACAGUGUAGCACGGUCUAUUUAUCUGGAAACACAAGAUCUUGGAUUUGGCUCUUAAUUUUAUGGAAAUAGUACUGAUUCACUCAAACACAUUCCUGUAUUCUAUUUAUUCACCUUCAGUUUUGUGCAAGGAGUUUCUGGAUAAAUGCAAAAUAUGUUUUAAGUAGGAUUCUUGCCAGUUAAAGGAUCCAGUCCACUUCUUGU